AUGCACUCGCUGUUCGUGUCGGGCCUAUCGGACCAGCUCAUCCCGCCUGUCAUGAUGAAGCAACUUUACGAGCUGUCGCCGGCAUGGACUAAACGGCUGGCCAUCUUCUCUGAGGGCACGCAUAACGACACGUGGCAGUGCCAGGGCUACUUCGCCGCCCUGGAGCAGUUUGUCAAGGACCUGAUGAAUAGCCACACCCGUGAGGAGAGUGUCCAGUCCACAGCCAGCGUCACCAUCAUCUAA